CCCGGGACCGUGAGGCCGCUACUGCCCCGUUCUCACCCCGGGCCUUCGCACGUGUGAAGGGUGACGUGUGUGAGCGGGGCGGGGGCCAGGCUGCGGGGCCAGGUGUUCUCCGCUCCCCUCCGGGCUGGGCAAGGAGGUGCGGGGGCAGAGGGUCCUUGGCCCGGUGCCGCGGGUGCAGCUGCAGCGUGGGCAGUGAGUGUGGCGUCCCACCCGUGAGGGGAAGGGCGCAUCCAAGGAUCGUAAAUGCUCGUGGUCCCAGGGAACGACGGAAGGUAGAGGGCCAGGACGAUGAUAGCACUUGGACUUGGCAUUGCAACUGUUGCAUUUGCAGGUCGUUAUGCUUUCCGCAUUUGGAAACCAUUGGAGGAGGCAAUUACAGAGGCAGCAAAGAGGGUUUCAACUUCUGACUGGAUCCUUGGACGCCCCCGCAAUUCAUACACCCCAGUACCAGAGAAAAGUGACAAAUCAUCUCGAGUGACGAGCAGCUCGACAGUGCCCAAGAAUCCCAUACCGGUGAGAUCCAGGCAACAACAGUAUCUUUAUGUGAUUUUGCUUUUGGGAUUUGUCGGCAGAGGGCAAGCCGAUGCAGGGCAUUACCCUCGCCAGUCAUUCAGGUGGGUCCUACGCCAUCUUUCGAGCGAUAAGGCAAUCAAAGAAACCAUCACACCGGACAGCCCAUCUUUUGAAUUUAAGCUAAAAGACAUAUUUCCCCCACAGCUAGGAUUCCCCGAAAUUGGGGAUUCGUCACUGUACCAGACCUAUUGGUGCCCUGCCUCCAACCCAGGUAAAAGCUACUGUAACUAUCCGGGGUACGGCUACUGUGGAUAUUGGGGGUGCGAAACUAUCGUGACAAGCGAUAGAUGGCAACCGCAGCAACCUGAUAAGUUCCUGCAAGUCAAGUAUGCUCCCCAUGGCUGUCGCGAACCAAAAUUCGGUAGUGACAAGCUAAUAUACACGCCCCGAGACGGGAGAAAACACACCUGUAAGAGCUAUGCAAUGACAAUUUUGCAGCCGACCCAUAUGAGUUGGGCGACAGGUAAAGUGUGGUCGGUGUUCGUUCGCGCCUUUUACGACAUUUGGGUGAAUGUACAAAUUAUCAGGCUCCUACCGUCAGUACCCCAAUCAAUCGGACCCAAUCAGAUUCUUACAGUAAGUGGACCCAAGAAAGAGACCACAACUAGCACCAAUUUUACGCUUAAUGCAUAAACAUUAAAUUCCUCCUUUUCAUCCGGCCUAUUAGCUAUUUACCAAACACCUAAGUCAGCUCCUUACAAUCCGUUUCUUAGUGUGUUAAACGCUACCUUUUCGUCAUUGAACCAAUCAAACCCGAACCUUACAAGGUCAUGCUGGUUAUGCUGUGAUGCAAAACUCCCUUUUUAUGAGGGUGUUGCCCUUAAUGUUUUUUUUAACUAUUCAACGGCAGAAAAUCCACACCAGUGUAGGUGGGACACCCCCCGGAGGGGAAUUACUCUGAGUCAUGUCACAGGCCAAGGCAAGUGCUUUGGCAAUGUGACCUUAGCAAGGCAAAUGGGCAAUAUCUGCAUUGAAUUUAUCGAGCCUGAUAGAAAGACCGAUAGGUGGGCGAUCCCGUCCGUACCAGGAAUGUGGGUCUGCCAACAAUCCGGAAUAAGCCCCUGUGUGCGCCUUGAUAAAUUUAAUAACUCUGUUGACUUUUGUGUCCAAGUUUUAAUUGUUCCGAGGGUCCUGUAUCACCAAGAAGAAGAAAUGUAUCACUUUUUAGAAGAACGCACCCGGCUCCACAGAAAGGAAGUAAUAACAAGCAUAACCAUUGCAAUGCUCCUCGGCCUAGGAGCUACCGGCGCAGCCACAGGUGUUUCAGCUCUCGUGACCCAACACCAAGGACUUUCUCAGCUGCAAAUGACCAUUGAUGAAGACUUACAAAGAACUGAGAAAUCAAUCUCCUUUCUAGAGAAAUCCGUCUCCUCGCUUUUGGAAGUCGUCCUGCAGAACAGGCGAGGACUGGACCUCUUGCUCAUGCAGCAAGGAGGCCUGUGUGCCGCCUUGAAAGAAGAAUGCUGUUUUUAUGCUGACCAUAUCGGAGUCGUGCGAGACUCAAUGACCGAACUAAGAGAAAGACUAGCCCAGAGAAAAAGAGAAAGAGAAGCCCAACAAGGAUGGUUCGAGUCAUGUUUCAACCAAUCUCCGUGGCUGACCACCCUUGUUUCCACCUUAAUAGGCCCUCUUACCAUGAUACUCCUGAAGUUGAUUUUUGGGCCUUGCAUUUUAAACAAAUUAGUGUCGUUUGUUAAGAGCCGUUUAGAAAAAGUUAACAUUUUAUUUGUUAGCUGCCAACAAUUGCUUUGAAGCGCGCUUAUUACUAACAUGUUAUAUCACUUUUUACAUCUUAUAAUGUCAGUUUUAAUAGCCUUUGCAUUUUCUAUAACUUAUGCUUUGUACGUUUUUUUUAGUUAAUCGUGAGGUGGGGGGAGGGGAUAUGUGGGUGAUUAGGGAUAGGCGAUCGGAAGAUAUCGCGUUGUACGGGCAGACAGAACCCCUCCCUCAACAGUUAGAGUUGCUUAACCCCCUUAGUUAGCCAGCAACACCCGGUUUAUGACACAGGCAGAAGGACGUGACGUGGUGAACCCAAGUUAUAUAACCCCAUGCAACCCGUUAAUAAACGCCAUUUUGCCGUCCACCA